AUGCUCGCUCCCAAGGCUGGGGGCCCCGGCGAUAGGGCCCAGGACAGGAGGGGUGGCUCCCGCUUGUGCCUCUGGGCACUUUUCACAAGCAGCCGGAGCUGGCACCAGCCUUUCUGCCGGGUGCCGCCCCCGCGCCCUGCUCACCCUGGCCGGGACCCAGCGGUGCUGGAGACAAAGCGGAGCGCGGAGCUCAGAGCCAGAGCCAGGCCUUCCAUGAAACUUCAGUCCAUCACUGGCCACUGCCAGGAUUCCUCGGCUGUGCCCAUCAUCCCUUUGUUUACACAGAAUAUUCAGGAAGGAUAUCAGACACUUGGAAAAAUAGGGUUUUUUAGGUGGUUAUAUGAACAUUCUCGAUUGCCACUCAUUCCUGGAUAUGGAGGGUUCCCAAUGAAACUUCGCACAUAUGUUGGAGAUCCCAUUCCAUAUAAUCCAAAUAUAACAGCUACGGAACUAGAUGAUAAGACUAAGAUUGCCAUUGAAACGCUAAGAGACAGACACCAAAAACUACCAGGAAGUAUACUAAGAGCUCUGUUGGAACGAUUUGAUAAACAUCAGAAAGAAGACUAGUGUAUUUAAAUAUAUGUUGUUGUUAAAUAUUAAAAACUAUUAGUGUAACUUGUGGGAGGAAAAAUUGUAGUUUUCUUAAAAGGACAAGAGACUGCAAACUACAUGCAUCAAACAUUCAGUCACAUCACUGCCUUAAAAUCUCUCUCUCUCUCUCUCAUCUGGUCUGGCAACUUCAAUCCAAAUAAUAAAAGAAAAGGAAAUUAAGAGAAUCAUUAUCCUGAGAGAAAUUGAUUC